GUAUAAUGUCACAUUAAUCUCUUAUCGUCUUAGAAAGUGCGUUUCACAUCCAAGACAAACAAAAUGUAUUUAAAACUAAUUACAAUUUUAAAUUUUAUUGCAUUUCAAAACGUUGUAUCGCCUGAAUGCACAACCCAACCACCACAGAAAACCACUCAACUCCCAAAACACUGCAAAGAGGUGCAAGCAAAUGGUAGAAACAUUUCAGGCUUCUACCGCAUCCAACCCGACCACUCGCCUGAAAGUUUUAUGGUUUUGUGCGAUUUUCAGACACGAGGAGGCGGCUGGACCUACAUCCUCAGCAGGUUUGACGGCUCCCAAAAUUUUUAUUUAACUUGGAGUGAAUACAAAAGCGGGUUUGGGAACCUAGCGGGGGAGUUUUGGCUAGGUUUGGAGCAUUUGUACGCCUUGACAGGUUACGAAGCUAACGAACUGUUAGUCGAACUUGUGGAUUGGGAGGACAAAAAAGGGUUUGCUCAUUACAACGCGUUCAGUAUCGGGAACGAGAAUGAAGGAUACAUUCUUAGGAUUCUUGGGGAGUACAGUGGCGAUGCCGGGGAUGACUUAUCUGUCAGUUUGGGCGAGAAAUUUAGCACGAAAGACAGGGAUCAAGACUCCAGUCCGGAAAACUGUGCCACACUUUACAACGGGGCUUGGUGGUACAAUAAUUGCAUGGCAUGUCAGCUGACUGGAAAAUAUUUGAAAACAAAAGAUUCAACAUUGGAUGAAAUGGCAGGUCGUGUGAUGUACUGGAACUCAUUUCGAGGAGUUUCCUACAGUUUGAAGCAAGCCAGAAUGAUGGUGAGGCCAAGAAGUGAGAAUUCAACACUACCCCACCGAAACUAAAUUUUUUUAAUAAAACUAG